UCCAAGCUGCGUCUUCCUGGUGGGGUUAUACUUUAGCUCCUCACUGUGAACAUGACUGGACGAGGCAAAACCGGCGGUAAGGCCAGAGCUAAGGCCAAGACCAGAUCUUCUCGUGCUGGGCUACAGUUCCCAGUGGGCCGUGUCCACAGACUGCUUCGUAAAGGCAACUAUGGCGAGCGUAUCGGUGCCGGUGCCCCCGUCUACCUGGCUGCCGUGCUGGAGUACCUGACUGCUGAGAUCCUCGAGUUGGCUGGAAACGCAGCCCGCGACAACAAGAAGACAAGGAUAAUCCCCCGUCACUUGCAGCUCGCCGUACGUAAUGACGAGGAGCUCAAUAAACUCCUUGGAGGCGUGACCAUCGCUCAGGGCGGCGUCUUGCCGAACAUCCAGGCUGUUCUGCUGCCCAAGAAGACCGAGAAGCCUGCUAAGAAGUAAGAUUGGACACCCGGACGACCCCAAAAUGGCUCUUUUAAGAGCUACACCCUUUCCUCUUAAAGAGAACACUUCUCUUGUGAAUACUUCAAAACUCACAACAAUAAAGUACUACUGCUUUAUUCAAAUGCAUUAUACAACAUCAUUGCUCAGAUUUGGACUUAAUUUAUCCAUAAGGCUUUAAAGUCUUAGUUCCCGUCAUGGGGGUAUACUACCAAAGUAACUCAACAAACCUGGGCUUUGUGCUCAAGAUGCAGCUCAACAAAACCUAAGUUCCCUACACAAACCAGUACUGCAAUGGUGGUUAUCAAGUUACCUCGGCAAGCCCGGGGUACACUUAUCCAUUUAAAAAAUAAAUCGGAGCAACAACUCGUAUUUUACAGCUCUGGAUUAAAAAAUGCUGUCCCUCGUAGUGACCACCAGGUGGCAGUGUUGACGUGUUUGUGGCGACUUUAGACUUUGACAAUGUUUUCCUUUUUGUUAUAAUAAACAAGUGUUUUGCUGCA